AUAUCACUUUCCUUUUGGAGGAAAGAAGCAUGCAAGAAUGAGCAGUACAAACUUGUGAUAACUCAAUUAGUUACGACUGUAUCGUGUCUUGUCAUGUCAUAUGAUACAACACGUGGCUGUUUGUUAGAGAAGUUCGCAAACAUGUCCGAACAAAAGAGAGGCGAAGUAGUGGCUUAUGACUCUCUUUAGUCUCGACCUCAGCCAGACACUUCCGUAUUAAUCAUAUCUUUUAGCUCGAAAGCAACACUUCAUUACUUCUGUAACGUCCCAUCUUACGUGCUUAAUACAUUUUCAGACGUUGCCCUAAGAAAUUCACGACGAAUGCAAAUCACACGAUCAUUGUUCUGGUCCUUAUCGAAACUCAUUUACACUUGUAGCGUUUAUUAGAUUCUCAUCAACGCAUACGACAUGAGAAGACGGACAAUAACAACAAAAUGAUUAGAUUCUUACCCACACAUUUAAAAACGUGGAAUUAUAUUUCUACAAAAUUUAAUUUAAUAAAAAAUGUAUUCAACAAAAUCUAAUUUAAUAAAAAUAUUUUUUAACCGGUUUAAUUUUUGUUUUUGUGAUAAAAUAUUUAUUUUGUUUAAGUUAAGAUUGUUGGAGUUACAGAUAACAAAUUCAAUUUGUAUUUUUUAUUUUAAGGCUAAAACUGAGUUAACAUUUAUGUAUAUUUUUAAUAAAUUGUUUAAAAAUAAAUUUUUUUUUAAAUUGUUUUUUUAACCACACACAAAAUUGUCAUAGUAAAAAUAGAAAGUUUUUAAAAUUUAAAAGAUAUUCAAGGGUAAAACAGUGAUUGUGUGUUCUGUUAAAAUGAUCUAAUAUGUAAAUAAUUAAAAAAAAUUGGUGAAAUAAAUCAUGAUCACACCUAUAAAUAAUAGUAUUACGAUAUGAUAGUUCUGUUCAAUUAGAUAAAUAAAUAUACACUUGCUUUAUCCAAUAACCACAUAUAUAGACAUCAAUGGAAAUCAUCCUAAACACAUAUACAAUUAAAUAUUCACAGUUGAUACUAAGCUCGAUAUGCAAGCAUUUCUUAAUACCCUAUAUAUAUAUAUAGCUACAAAACCCUAAAGAACACUAAAAGAAAAACAGUAGAAGCAAGAAAGCGAAGAAAAACAUGAAGCUGCUAAGUUGGAUUCGAACUAUAAAGCAAAACGGUUUAGACCAAUCAAAGGAGUUCAAAGGUAAUUUCUGUUGCUUAAGAGCUCGGGUUUCAUCUGAAGUCCAAGACAUCCGUACAAACUCCUUCUCCUUCUAUGGACCAUCUCAUGACCCGAAACCACCAGAAGCUGAUGAGGAACUCGAGUUUGAUCAUGAAGACGGGUUCGGUGGAUUUCUAACGAUCGGGACGCUCGGUAGAGAUCCUGAAACACCAAGAUUCACUUCAGUUGCAAAAGAAGAUGUAACCGGAGUACACAGAGAUAUUGCAAAGCUCAUUACUGUGAAGCUAGACAAGUUGCUUGAGGAAUAUCCGGAGGAUAGUAGCAGUAAGCAGGUUGAGAGAUCGAAUGCAAAAGAACAUAGAGAAUCAGUUGAUGUAUGUAAAGAUCGUAUUGAGUUUACAAAGAGCAGCAAAGAAGUAAAGAAGAAAGAGGGUUUACUUGCAAGCCUCUUCAAGAGAAGUAAGACGGUAGAAGGAGAGUGUAACACCCUGAAGAAACAUGGCACAGGAGAUUUGAUUAAAACGGUGUUCGAGAAGCUCCACAUGUCUUCUUCAAAGACAAUAAAAGAUGACAAUGAUGAUUAUAUGCACAAGAAGAAAGACAUCAGAAAGAAUGUUCAAAACUUCCGGAGUAAAGUCCAUCCUGUUCUCUGUACACCUGCAAGAGAUGAUAGCGAGGUAGAUGACAGAAGAAGCUGCACCAACCUCAAGGAUCCUCCUGCUCUUAACGGAGGGUUUCUUGUUUCAAGCUCCAUCUCGGAAGCAAACUGGAAAAGAGAAAAAUGGAUCAAGACUGACGCAGAGUGUAAGUCAAGAUCCAUCCUCUAUACGCAACAUUUGAACACUAAUCUGUUUUAUUUCCGUCUUUCAAGAGUUUUUCAUAACGUUUGCUUUUUUUUUUGCAGAUCUUGUUCUGGAACUUUGAAGAUCAACACACAUUGCAACAAACCUACAUUGAUGUUCUCCUAUGAAACUUAUAUGUAAUCUAUAAGAUCACUAUCUAUUAUUGUCUUGUCAAAAGGUUAUGUAGUCUAGUUUAAGGCAAUUAAUAAUAAAGCUUCUAAUAUUGCUCAAAUUAAAUAGUUCAAACUUUAAAGUAGCCACAUGUGUCACAUCUCUGUUUCAAAUGAAUCACUGAUGAAACUAAAAUGUCUAACUGAUGAUACGACUCACUUUGACUACUGAUCUUUUGAACUCUGACAAAGAAUAUAACCUAUGAAACUCAAACAUAGAGAAAUUACAAGAAACAGCGGUACUGAACUUGAUGCUUCUUAGACCAGACCAGCUUCAAUCGGUCCGGUGUCACUGAUCAAGAGAGAAACAAACAAAAAGGAAACCUAAACUACUAAGAAAACUAUCAAAGUAGACACAUAUCUUGAUGACAUAUCAUCUUUAGAGGUAGUAAUCUACUUUAGAACAAAUUCUUUAACAUAAAAAGCAAAAACUCUACCAAAAGAGA